AAAAGUGCUUUUGCUUAAAUUAAGCUGAUCAAUACAUAGCCAGCUACAAUGGCUUCUAUAUUGAAACUUCUUGCUCUUUUCUGCUUUACAUGUUUGAUGUUGUGUUGUUGUGCAGUGGCCAAUUAUGAUCCUAAUGAUUGUAAUCAAUCAAUAGGGAAUAGAUUUGAAGCAUGGAUGGCUAAGUAUAAUCGCACUUACCGCGACGAAGGUGAGAAGUGGCGCCGUUUCGAGAUAUUCAAGGAGAACGUCGACUUCAUCGACGCGUUCAACCAGGGAGGAGUGCAGUCGUACGCUCUCGCUGUGAACCAGUUUGCUGAUCUGACCAACAAGGAGUUCGUGUCUACUUACACUGGGGCUAAGCCUUCGAAUAUUUCGAGGCUGUCGCCGCCAUCUGCACCAUCGCCGCCACCGAUGAGGUAUGCGAAUGCGAGGGGCCCCCCUCGGAGCGUCGAUUGGAGGGACAGAGGUGCAGUAAUUGACGUGAAGGACCAAGGCCCUUGUGGAUCUUGCUGGGCGUUCGCUACGGUAGCAACAAUCGAAGGGAUAAUCAAAAUCAAGGGAAACAAAUUAAUUUCUCUAUCCGAGCAAGAACUUGUCGACUGCAGUACUAUCGUCAACUACGGAUGCAACGGCGGUUUCGUCGACAGAGCCUACGACUUCGUCAUACAGAACGGAGGUCUCAACACGGAGAAUGGAUAUCCCUACAAAGCAGUGCAGGGCUUCUGCGACUACGGAAACCUGCUUUUUCGCGCGGCGUCGAUUUCUAACUUCCACUACGUUUCCCCCAACAGCGAAAGAGAGCUCAAGAAAGCGGUGGCGCGCCAGCCAGUAUCAAUUUAUGUUGAAGCUGGACCCUACUGGCAAUUCUAUUCUAAAGGCGUGUUCAAGGGACCCUGCGGUACCGCGCUGAAUCACGCGAUAGCGAUCGUCGGGUACGGGGAGGACGAUACUGGAACAAAGUAUUGGAUUGGUAAAAAUUCUUGGAGUUCUUGGUGGGGCGACGACGGAUACAUCUUUUUGGAAAGAAACAUCGAAGCCAAAGAAGGACGGUGCGGCCUCGCCAUGGAGCCAAUGUAUCCAGUAGUAUAAGAAAUGCCAUGCACCAAUAUUAAUCCUACCUAUCAACUUUGUGCUUUGGGGGCUAUUAUGAUUGUUUUAUGAAUAAAUUGAUGCGAGGCGUGUGUAUUCAUCUUUCAUGUUGACAAUAUAUAUAGUAGUUCAAGUUUGUUAUUAUAAGCAUGUAAGGUUUGCUGAAACUGUAAUAAAGAGCUAUGAAUCAUGUAACAUAUGGUACAGUGUUGCCUAUAUUAAGAUGAAAGUAAGUGUUUUUGUAA